AUGGAUGAAGUUGUAAGUUCGGGCAGAGGCAACGAUCGGGCGCCUCAGGCUGAUGAGCCAGUGGAGGAGAAGGCCAGAUUCUCAGAUAGCUUGUUGCGGUGCGUGAAGGGCAUCCCGCAGGCCUACUUGAGCAGGGUCGUGCGAUGUCCCUGCUGCCUUCUGGUAGUGAUGCAGCUUUGCGUGGCCCUGAUCUGCGGGGUAAUGUGGAAUGGCUGGGACUUGAACACAGACUUCGAUGACUUCCUCCGGGCGAGCACGGGUGCUUCUUUGCGCUACGACGCGGUGGGGCAAGCCUGGAGCGCUGGCACCGGGGAGCCGGCUGAAGGCGAAAGGCGCUUGAGCACGGUGAGCUAUAAGCACACCCUGCUGACUCUGGCCUACUACAAGGAGGAUGGCGGCAAUCUCCUGGAGGAGGAGAACAUGUUGGCCAUCCUGCAUUUCGAGCGGUUCCUCCAGGCCAACGACGCCUGGAGCUUUGCUUGCGGCUUGGAGGUGACUUCACAGGAGUUCAGCAGCGAGACCAACUUGACGAGUCAGUUGAGCUGCACACCAGGGGAGUCGUUCGUGAACAUGGUCUGGCCCAGCCACAAUGACGGCCUCAACGGCAUAGCCGUUAACGUGGGCGGCAAGCAACGGCUGGAGAUGGAUGGCAGCGGGAACCGGUUCCUCCCACCAGAGGCGGUGCUUGCGGGAUUGCGGGAUGUGCCCUCAAAGCACGACAGGCUGUCUCGCUUCUUCCCGAAGGACUUCGUUGCGCCGGAGGGCGGGCAGAAAGCCCACACAGAUGUGAUGCGGUCCUUCUUCCUCUUCAGCGAAUCCAUUGGUGAUGCUGGCUACUAUAAGAGCAAUUACGAGGCAACCGCUGCGAGGGAGCACUUCUUCAACGCGGAUUUGCACUCGCUUCUCAACCACCAGCACGAAGAGAUGAGGGAGCGUGGCAUUCGGGUCUUCUAUAGCAAUGGGGUGCUGGACCAGGCAGACAUCUUCAGCGCGCUGCUUUCGGACAUCCUUCUCUCCGUGGCAGGGCUGGUAGUGGUCUUCCUGCUGAUUUGUGGGCACACGCGGAGCCUUUGGCUCUCUUGCAUUGGCUCGUUUCUUGUCCUGGAGUGCAUGCCGUUAGGCUACGUCUUCUUCAGGCACUUCUCAGGCCUGCCAAAGCUGAGCAUCGUGAACUGCGUGUCCACCUUCGUGAUCAUCGGGGUGGGCUCGGACCUGGUCUUCGUGCUGACAGACGCCUGGCGCCAGAGUGCGCAGAAUGCCAAGCCGGUAGAACAGGAGGAUGAUCCAGACGAAGAGCUGGACCAGUAUGAGAAAGCCUGCAGGAUGCACGAGAGGCUUCUCCAAGGGAGGCUGGUGUGGGUCUACAGCAAUGCUGGCGUCUCCUGCUUGACCACCGGCCUCUGCGGCGCUAGCAGCUUUCUAGUGAACCUGAUGAGCGUCCUCAUGCCGCUCAGGGAGUUUGGCCUCUUCAUGGGGCUUUGCUGCAUUUUCGCGGUUUUCUUGGAGCUUGUCAUGUAUCCCAUCGCAUUGGUGGUCUACGAAUCUCGCCUUUUCAAGAAGCGGCUGAAUCAGCAGGAGCGAGAAGAUGAAGGGCAGAACAUCAGCGGUGUUGUGGUACCAAGCGACGCCCAAGUGGUACCCGUGGACAUGGUAGACCAGGUCGCAGGCUCCAAGGGGAGGAGCUUCCUUAUGCGCUUCUUCGCGGGCUUCUGGUCGGACUGCAUCCAGGCCUACAACAAGUGGGUCCUCGGUGCCUUUGCUUUGCUGGGCCUGAUUAGCAUGGCGGGCAUUGCGGUGAGUCUUAAGGUCGACGGCACAAACCCCGUCAUCUUCCCUCCCAGUCACAACCAAGUGAAGGGACAGGAAGUGCUGCAACGCUUCGACACGGCGGUGCAGGUCGCUGCUGGCACCGCGCUGGAGAAGGCCUACAUGUGCGAUGUGGCGGCAGAGGAGGAGAUGGUGCGGCCAGAUAUCAUCGCCGGGUGCAGCUCCUUCGCAUCCAUCGGGUACUGCCACAACCACUUCCAGGGCACAAUGACGAGCCAAUGCAGCACAGCGUGUGGGUUCACGGGCUACUGUUUGGCUACCUGGUGCCCGGUGGAUGUGGCUCCCAACGCCUCCAAAUCUGAGCCAGGCAGGUGCGACUGCUAUCAGGCAAAUACUGCCGGCAAUCUCGACCCAAGCCAGCCAGGCGUGGUGCGCUUCGAGACCUCAGUGGUGGGCUUCCAAGCGGAGGACUGGCCGCAGCUGGAGCCGUACUUUCGCCAGUUGUUUCUGGAGAUGGCGGCGCCAGGUACUGGCUUGGAGCAGGACUUCAGCUACAGAGCCCCCGGGCGAGGCGAUGAUGACACUUGGUCGGCGUCGCCCACUGCCCCAAAUGCCCGGUGGGAGGCGCCCUACGUGCAGCAGCACUGGCGAAGCGGCACCAUCUCCACCUGGCACAGCUUCGAGGCGCCGAGAUUCUCCGUGCGCAGCCAAGCUGCGGGCGCAAGCAGCGAGGACCCACUUCCAGAGAUCACAGUGGAGCAGAAGUGUUUCUGCGAUGGCGUACAACCUUGCGGCUCUUGGUCAGCGCAGAAGCAGACGGUCUACCACUCCUUGCACGGGCCCAACGGCUCCAGCGUGGACGUGUCUCAGGGCGGGAGUCGGCGCGUGCGCCGCGUGAGCACCGAGGUUGCGGAACAUCUCCCGGGUGAACUGGAGGGCCUCAGCUGGCCGCGGCGGCUGCAAGCGACGCCCGCGACAAUCGUCAGCGUGGUGUGGGGUCUCAAGGUGAAGGUGCUCGGGCCCUUCGACCUCUUCGUGGAACCUGCGACGGAGCAGCUCUGGGCUUGGGACACAACCUUCGACCCAGCAGAUCCCUGGGCGCAGCGGUCGAUGAUGCGUGUGGCCGAGAACAUGCCCGAGGACCUUCACCUGAUCUCCACGAACAGCUGGCUGCAGGGCUUCGAGUCAUGGCUGGUGUCAGCAGGCCUUGAGUUUCCGGCCCGGGACUUUCACGGGGCCAUGGAGACAUACUUGAACGGCCUCGGCGGCGGCUAUCGGAAGAACAUCCUCAGGGACGAGAGCAAGCGGGUGGUGGCGCUGACGCUGGAGUUUAGCAUUGACGCCUCGCUAGGCGAUGGUCUGGAGUGGACUACUGCUACGAGAAGCGCUUGGGAGCGGUACAUCCGAAACUGCAACGCCGUGGCCUCCCUGCGCGCCAACAAGGCCUUCCAGGUCUCGAAGCUUUGGGUGAAUGUGGAGGCCCAGGAGGGGAUUCUCCAGAGCACAGCCACCACGAUUUCAACGGCGCUCAUCCUGGGCUAUGUUGCAGCGGUGGUGUUUACUCAGGACUUUCUGCUGUCCUUGUUCCCCAUGUUGAGCGUGCUGCUGACAGUGAUGUGCCUUCUGUUCACCAUGGUGGGGAUCCUGCAGUGGGAGUUCGGACCAGUGGAUGUGAUCGCGCUGAUCGUCUUCCUCGGCUACAUGUUUACCUUCAACUUGCACGUGGCCCAAUACUAUAACCACGCGAAGCUUUUUUCGGAGCAGCAAGAAGACCAGGCGGAGUACGUGAAGGAGGCCUUGAGCAGCGAGUCCGAAGACCGAGCGCUGCUCAGGCGGCAAGAACGCUUCGGCCGGGUGCAGCACGCGCUGACUUGCAUCGGCCAAAGCCUGAUUUGUUCAGCGUCAACCACCGCUGCCUCGGCGAUCUUCUUGCUGUGCUGCACGCUGCAGUUCUUUGUGAAGUUCGGCGCCGUCAUCCUGUCAGUGACCAUUUUGUCAGUACUGCAUUCGCUCCUGUUCUUGCCCUGCCUGCUUAUAUUAUGCGGCCCCACUUCGACAUCCUGCGCUUGCCUGCGCCAAGCCGCAGAAGUGAUCCGCGAGAAGAUCUCCCCUACACCAGCGGAGCCGGAGUCGGAGGAGCCGGAGCGCACGGAGCCUGGCCCACCCGUGGCCACCGUCGGUGGCCCGGAGUCGGAUCUGGAUGGCCAAGAGAAGCAGCGCGCUUCUCCGCUGCCCGAAAAGACAUCCGGGGAGGUGCCGCCGCUCGUGGGCAUCCUGUGCGACGAGGUUGCAGCGGAGGUCGCAUCUCCAAAGGCGGCCAAGACACCAAGCUAUGUCCGACAGAUGGACAGUCACGAAGAGGAGGUGUGA